AUGUACACCUACCAGAACCAAUCGAAGUUCGUGCCGAUCGCGCCAAACGACGAGAGCAGCAUGAGGAAAUACAGCUACAAGGGCGUAUACUCGGGGGCGCAGGCCGCCUCCAUCGCGAAACGGAACGCACGCGAGAGGAACCGCGUCAAACAAGUGAACGACGGUUUCAACGCGCUGCGGAAGAAGCUGCCGGCCGCCAUCAUAGAAACCCUCUCAGGCGGCGCAAGACGAGGCUCCGGCAAGAAGCUCAGCAAGGUCGACACUCUCCGGAUGGUCGUCGAGUACAUCAGAUACAUGGAGCAGCUGCUGGAGGAGAGCGACGCCAAGCUCGACUCCAUCGACGGUACCUACAUGGAGGAUUACGCCGAGUAUUCGCCGGCUGAGUCGGUGCCCUCGCCGGCCACGUCCGAGGGCUACUCCGCCUCCUGCUACUCGGACGACUACGCCAACUACAACACCAGUGAAACCAACCCUGUUAACAGUGAAUUGUUUAACUUUCUAUGGUAA